CUCCUCCCCCGCGGAGCAGAGCACGCCUCCUAACGGGCUGCGCAGCGCGGCCGAGGAGUGGCGCGGGGCUGCUCCCUCCCUCCCUCUUUUUCUUCCUCCUCCUCCCCCUCCCGCAGGGCAGAAGGCGGCGGGUGCAGCGUGGAUGGGCGGACGGAGCGAGCUGCGGGCGCGCCUCCCGGCUGCAGGGAGAAGGAGGAGGUUACGCAGCACAGAUCCUUGAGAGCAUCUCUGGGACGAUGAAGCUUCCAGGAGCAGCAGCAGCCUGGUUUGGAAUCUGAGUGCUUUAAGAAUAUCUGGGAAUUUCUACCCACAUUUGCCUAUUCCAAAUCAGAGGACAAUGAAUUCAUUUUAUUUUUUGCAUAUUUUCACACUACAUAACAGUUUUUCUUCUUUCCCGUUUUGUUCAAUGGGAAAAACUUGAGCCAAUGGUGCAGCUGAUUCUCACUUUGCCACGUUCCUCCUCCUGAGCCAAAUUCCUGGAAACCACGUCCACAGUACGUCUAUUUUUGUAGCUGGUGUUCUUUUUUCUGCAUAUGCCACACGUCUCUUUUGGAGUGCUAACUAUUCUGGGUUGAACCUGCCCUUUUAUGUUGAAGAGAAUUCAUAAAAUCACUCAAGGAAUUAAAUAAUUUCAGUAUUGCAGAAGAUGACUCAUGCUUCAGAAAUGUUUUUGUGGCUGUCCUUGGCUUGUUAAUGCGGGAGUUUAACAGUAUUAAUAUGAGGCAUUGCAUUAAUUGUUGCAUACACUUAUUACCAAAUGACUUGAACAGACAGUGUUUCAGAUGUCGUGGCCAUAGCCACAAUAACCAGAAGUGUCCUGUUUGCAAAGGAGAAAAUAGAAUCCCUUUGUACGCUGAUAGCAAGCAGAUGAAGUUGCUUGCAGUUUUGGAAGUAAGGACUGAUCACAGUGAAAGCUGGAAUGGGUUUUUCUGCUUGAAGAAGGGGAAGCUAUGCAGCUUAAUAUUUGGGUUGGUUAUAAUGACUCUAGUGAUGGCAUCCUAUGUACUGACUGGAGCCAAGCACGGCCUGUUGUUAAUACCAUCUCCCUUCCAUUACGGAGCUUUUACAAGCAAUCCAAGCUUAAUGGACAAUGAAAGCCUUAGUGACAUGAAAGACCAUUACCAGCCUUCUAAAAUUAAUAUUUCAUACGUAAAGGAUUAUCCAAGCAUUAAAUUAAUUAUUGACACUAUUACUUCAAAGAUAGAGUUUAUAACGAGACAGCGCCCUGGUUUAGAAGAGCUGAGGAAACAAGAGCCACAUAUGUUUUCAGUAAUUCCUAAUAAAUUCCUUCCAAAUAGCAAGAAUCCUUGUUGGUAUGAAGAGUACAGAGGAAACACAACCACAGACCCUUAUACAACAAACUCCUAUGCACUCUAUUCAAAGCGUUUUCGAACCAUAUUCGAUUACCUCAGGAAGGUGUUUUGGAACCACUUGUACCAUUACAAGGACAAACACUACCGGCUACGCUGUCUCCCCCAUUUCUACAUCAUUGGGCAGCCCAAGUGUGGGACGACGGAUCUGUACGAUAGACUUCGGCUGCACCCCGACGUUCGGUUCUCAGCCAUCAAGGAGCCUCACUGGUGGACGAGGAAGCGCUUUGGAAUCAUUCGUCUCAGGGAUGGAUUUCACGAUCGCUACCCAGUGGAAGAUUACCUUGAUCUGUUUGACUUAGCAGCUCAUCAAAUUCAGGGUGCGCUGCAGAGCGAGGCUGGAAAAGAGCACAGCGAGAUGAAUAACAUCAUAAUUGGUGAAGCCAGUGCCUCCACCAUGUGGGACAACAACGCGUGGAUUUUCUUUUAUGACAACAGCAGCGAAGGAGAACCUCCCUUCUUAAUCCAGGAUUUUAUCCAUGCCUUCCAGCCAAAUGCCAAACUUAUCAUCAUGCUGAGAGAUCCUGUUGAAAGAUUGUACUCCGAUUAUCUGUACUUUGCAAGUGCUAAUAAAUCUGUGGAAGAUUUUCAUGAAAAAGUGGCAGAGUCGCUGCAGCUGUUUGAGAAUUGCAUGCUGGAUUACUCCCUGAGAGCCUGUGUCUACAACAACACCCUUAACAAUGCCAUGCCUGUAAGGUUGCAGGUUGGGCUUUAUGUUGUGUAUCUUUUGGACUGGCUGACUGUUUUUGACAAAGAUCAGAUACUCGUUCUUCGCUUAGAGGACCAUGCAUCAAAUGUGAAAUACACCAUGCACAAGGUGUUCCAGUUCCUGGAUCUGGGACCUCUAAGUGAGAAACAAGAAGCUCUGAUUACAAAAAGUCCUGCGUCAAACACCAGACGACCUGAAGACAGAAGCCUGGGACCCAUGCUACCAACAACAAAGGCAAUUUUAAGAGAUUUCUACAGGCCUUUUAAUACAAAACUGGCACAAGUUCUUUUUGAUGAUGCUUUUUUAUGGAAGAGGACGUAAUCUGUAAAUUUAGUGCCACAAAUACAGUGCUUAAAGGAGUUUUUAUUUUUUUAAAUUCUAUUUUUGUGCGUGGAUAUUUACAUGUUUUUUCCCAUUCCAAAGAGAUGCCGAUUGAGGAGAUGAGACUCCUCUUCAGUCAGCACGCUUCGUGACAGCUGUAUCACAUUUUCCUUGUGAGAAUGUAAAGCAUCUUGCUUAUCAUUUUCUUGCAACUUCUUUUACCCCAGCAGAAGAAUGGAGUGGAAAUGCAUUAGUACAGAGGUGAUGUCUUACACUCUUGGCUGGGAUGCUGAAGUGUAACCUUACCUAAGAUGCUGCAGCACGGAGUCAGCAUCAUUUUCUUACAAUUACACUUAUAAUCUCAUUUUCAAUAUAUGUAAUUCAUUCAUUUUUUUUCAAACUAUCAAUGUCAUAUAGUCAUUAAAUUUUUUUAAUUGAAUUCAGGCAAGAUUUUGUUUCUUCUUGUUCACAAAUGGUCUUCACUCACACCAGGAUUUCUGUAUCUCCUUAAUUCUGAAAGUAACCUUAAUAGAUAAUCACACUUGCAUACAUUUCCAAGGCUGAUUUAUAUCUUUAGUAAAUGGGCUUUCCUAACCACGGUUCUUGUGGCUGUCUUAAAAGAAAUUUUCUAUUCACAUAAGAAUGAGUGAUUGAAAUGUAAAUAAUUGGCCAUCUUCAAAGUUUACAGUAACAAAUCCAUUUGACUUCUGUUCUUUGUUUAUACAAAUAUAUAUCACCUAUUAAUAUCACACAUUUUCCCAAGAAACAGCUGUUGGGCUUGAUUUUUAAGUCCAGUGCUGGCCACGGUGAGCAUUUAUGAGUUUUCUUUUGGUUCCUACACAAGUGUUCUGAGCAGGAAGCUCAGCACCAUCUGUCCUCAUGGGAAAGUUAUGUUAGCUGCUCAAUCAGUUGCAUGUUGUAUCUUUGUUUCUCCAGAAAAGGUGUGUAUAAACAGUUAAAAAGGGGCUGGAAUUAAGACUUGAUGGAAAGCUGUUUUAAAAACAAGAAACUUUGGAUUCAUUCUAAUGUUUGGAAUGGCUAAAGUAAGUAGUUUGGGUAAGUAGUUAUGGUUGACCAGAACUGGUUAGCUCUGCUUCAGAAGUGCUUACAGAUCAAGAGCUCUUAGAGAACUGAGAGUGGAUUACUUCAUGUUCUCUGGGUUAGAAUCAACACGGUAUGCUCAGGGAAACUGAACACUCAUAGCCAUGUAUUCCUGUUUAGUUGUCAGCUAGAUCCAUGAUCUGAUGGAUUUGAUGAUCUUCAAGGUCUUUUCCAACUGAGUGAUUCUAUGAUGCUGUGAUAUUACCUCACCAGCCCUAAAUGCUUGUGAGUUUUAUUAUUGUUUAUAGUGUGUAUGAUUUGUUCACAAAAUUAGUUAGUGCUAUGCUGAGGCAUGAUGGUGAAUUUCACCACUUGCCAGGGAGGUUCUGUCCCAUUGCCUGGGUGUGCAAUCUAAAUUAAAAUACACUGCAUGGCCAAAAUUUCUGCUCUGGGUUGGAUCAGUCCCAGCACUCUUCACAGGUUCCCAAUAUGAAGGUGGAUGGUGAUGGCCACGUGUUCCCAAGUGUGGGUAAGUUCAGCAGAGAGCUGUGUUCUACAUGUCACUGUUGUGUGUAGCUCCAUAACGUGAGGAGGAGGAGCCAUAACUAUCAGUAACACGGCAGGAGCCUGUAGUCUUUCCAAAAGUGAAGUUUCCAAUGUGUUUGCUUUUGCAUCACCUCUUCCCUUUCAUGAGCUCCAUAAAAUCAAAUAACAUUUGAUUUUCUUGUGUAAUGGUGGGUGUUGGGCCACUCCCCUGCAGCAAGAGCACCGCUGACCUUCAGUGGCUUCUCUCUGGACUCCAGCAGGCCCAUCCCAAGAUCUUCCACUUCCCUUUAUCCUUUCUCUUGACAGCUAGAGAUGCAAAAAGAAUACAGUAUCAUCGUUAUUAUUCAGUGCAGCACUAAGUUGGCCUACCUCCCCAAAGCAGUAAUUUGCCAGGAAACUGGACAUGCUAUCAAGACGUCGUGUUCUCAUGUAUGCCAAACUGUAGCAGUGGCUCUUUGCAAAGAGCUCAGAAAAUGCAUUCUUCUCUCUGUUUGCUCUUAUCUCUGCUGAACGAAAGUAAUCAGGUGAAGAUGCAGCUUUCCUGAAUCCAAAGGCACCAGGGAAGGGGUCAGUUCCAGAUGUUUUUUUUGCUGCUACUGCAGAAGAAUGUGAAAUGUGUUCUCUGUAAGACCUUGCUCUCUCAGGCCAAGCACACCGGCUGGAAGAUGCAGUGAGAACAAAGGCUCUCCUGCUAAGAAAAACAGGCUGUGAUUUACACAGAAAAACAAUACGUUGUUAUCUGUUGAGUCCAGCAGGCUUGUAGGCUUCAGCUAAAUAAGAUAAACAGCGAACUUACCAUAGUACUGAAUAUUCUGUUCUACCAAGAAAUGAAUCUGUCUUUUAGCCGGCGCUGUUUUAUGAAAGAUGGGGCACAACUGUUACGAAGUUAUUCCUGCUGGAUACCUCUCCCCAGCGGUGUCUGUUCUGAGCUGCCGUGUCCUUCGAACAGAAACCCUUGUGUUGCAGUGCCAUCGUGUGGUAAACAUGCACAAUACUGCGUCCAUUGGACGUGUAGUUUCCCCCCUUUCCCCCUAACGGUGGAAAAAGAAAAGGCGGAUAAAAGGGAAAAACACACAUCCUUUUAGGAUCCCCAGAUUUGCUGGAUCAUGUUAUUUUCGUAGUACUUCUGGGAUAAAUGUGUUAAUAAAUAGAAGUCCUGGUUUGCAGAGAUGCUGCUGCAGGGUUUGGUCCAUGCUUCUAUCUGUACUAACUCUCUGACAUGGUUUCAAUCACAGACGCCCUAUCAUCAGCAGCAGAGGUUUGAGAGGUUUUGGCAGUGUCCUGCUGGGUACUUUUCCCUUGAAGUCACAGCUCCUAUGGAAACUGACAGCUCUCUGUGCUGCCUCCCUCGGUAGAGGAGCACUAAAUGUGAUUGCCAGUGUGGCAGGGGUUUAAUGGAUUGCCAGGCUGAAAUGUACCUUUGGAAAUUAGAAGCCUGCUGUGUGCACACUAAGCCACAAUUAACAGAAAAUAAGGCUUUAAGGAGACAAAAAUAGUCAUCAGCAUUUUGCAUUUCACAGGGAGGAAAUGCUUCCUGUCCCUUCUCACAGCUGCUGAGCAUCCAUUUGCUUGGUGGAAAAGCAUAGGGUGGUGUGCUGUGUUAAUGUUUCUGGGUCUGGGUGGGGACAGAGGGACUUUGGGGACAGAAGGAGUCCAUGACCCCCUCUCCCCCUCCCGUUGGGCCAAUUAGAUCCAUCUGAUAUGGAUAAUCUGGAAUGAAGAUGCUGAAAAUAUAACAGUAGGGGCUUUAGAAGUGCUAUUUAGCCACCAGAGUAGCAGUUACUGGGCUAACAACUCAUGGCAUGGUGCUGGUGGCACUGCGUGUGGCAUCAUAACCAAGUAAUGCACAGGAAUGCUAUCCUUAAGCAAGGUCAUUCUCCGACUAAUUCACAGUUAUUUUCUUGGUAUGGCUGUAUCUCAGCAGAAAAUGAUCUCUUCUAGUUUAAUAAUGAAUGGGAAUGAGCAAAGAGAAGGAUUGUGCUUGCACACACAGCAUUGCAGUGGAAGGCCAAACCCAGCCUGAGAACAAGCUCCUAGAAUUGUACCUGUCCUCAUCAGCAAGCUGGGAAGUGUCCCCCUGUCCUCCUAUUUCUGGAUGGUGGGGACUACACAUCCCAGCUCCUCUCCUGGUGUGCUGAGAUCAAAGGUAAAGUGAUGAAAACUCCUGUCUGGUGGCACCUGGGGAGAGGACCAAAGGGCACAGCAGCUGCAGGAAGGUGUAGGGGAUGGAUGAGAAGAGAAUCCUGCGGUUGAGUCAAAUGAAAUCCUGGAGCAGUGAGAGCAAUCGAUCAGGUAAUAUUGCACUGAAGAAAAUAAAACCAAGUAAGGUAGGAAGAAAAAAAAAAAAAAAAA